CAAGUCUCGCGAGAGUCGGUCCAAGCUCUCGCGAGAGCUCAGCAUGGGGAAGGCAAGUAAGCGGAAGCAAAAGGCCUCAGGCCCCGGCGGAUCCAAGGGCCCCAUGAAGUCCCCCAUGGAUGUGGUCAGGAGCAACCCCUUCGAGGUGAAGGUCAACAAGCAGAAGUUUAACAUCUUGGGGAGGAAAACCAAGAAUGACGUGGGGUUGCCCGGUGUCUCGCGGUCCAAGGCCAUCAAGAAGCGCACCCAAACAUUACUGAAAGAAUAUAAAGAGAGGGAAAAGUCAAAUGUAUUUAAAGAUAAACGUUUUGGUGAAUAUGACAGCAAAAUAAGUCCAGAGGAAAAGAUGAUGAAACGAUUCACUUUGGAAAGACAGCAAAAUUUUGGAAAGAAGAAUAUCUAUAAUCUCAAUGAAGAUGAAGAAUUGACUCAUUAUGGCCAGUCUUUGGCAGAAAUUGAAAAACUAAAUGAUAUUGUUGAUAGUGACAGUGAUACAGAAGAGAGAGGAACAUUGUCAGCUGAGUUAACUGCAGCUCACUUUGGAGGGGGUGGAGGCCUCCUUCGUAAAAAAGUGUCAAGUGGGCAGGAAGUUGAAGAGAAGGAAAAACCUAAAUCUAGGAAGGAACUCAUAGAAGAGUUGAUAGCCAAAUCUAAACAAGAAAAGCAAGAGAGACAAACUCGGAGAGAAAGUGCAUUAGAACUCACAGAAAAGCUUGACAAUGACUGGAAGGAAAUCCAAAUGCUUAUUGCCCGCAAAACCCCAAAGUCAGAGAAAAAGGACAAAGAAGAAAAACCAAAACCUGAUGAGUAUGAUAUGAUUGUUCGAGAACUUGGAUUCGAGAUGAAAGCAAAACCUUCAGAUAGGAUGAAGACAGAAGAAGAACUGGCAAAAGAGGAGCAGGCGCGACUCCAGAAGUUGGAGGCAGAUCGACUACGUCGAAUGCGUGGAAUAGAUGAACAGGAGACUAAAAAGAAACCCAAGCAUAUAUCAGCUGAUGACCUAGCUGAUGGCUUUAUCCUGGAUAAAGAUGACAGACGGUUAUUGUCCUACAAGGAUGGAAAAAUUAAUAUUGAAAAUGAAGAGGUGGAGGAGGAAGAAGAGGAAGGUGGAAAUGAAGAAAGUAAUGAGAAUGAAGAAGAAAGUGAGGAAGAAAAUAAUGAGAAUGGAGAAGAAAAUGAGGAAGAAUCUGCUACUGAAGAUGAGGAAGGUGUUGAUGCAGAUAAUCACUCUGAUCUUGAAUCUGACCUUGAAAGUGAAGAAGAAGCCACAGGGAAUAAAGAAUGGAAGAAUCAAAAGAGUAAUGAAAAUAAAUCACAGAACAUGAAGGAACAAGAUCUAAAAAUGGAAGCUGCCAGAUCAGAGCUUCCCUAUACAUUUGCUGUUCCUGAGUCCUAUGAGAAAUUUAAAUCUUUAUUGACUGGAAGAACAAUAGAACAGCAGCUUGUUAUACUGGAGAGGAUUCAGAAAUGCAAUCAUCCAAGCCUUGCAGUAGGAAACAAAGCAAAGUUGGAAAAACUGUUUGGCUUCCUUUUGGAGUAUAUUGGGGAGUUGGCAACCCUGGAUUUACCAGAGCUCAAAACGAUCGACAAACUGGUUCUGCCAUUGUACAAUCUCUGCCAGAUGUUUCCUGAGACAGCUAGUGACAGUAUUAAGUUUGUCCUUCGAGACGCUGCACACGACAUGGAAGAAAUAAUUGAAGUCAAAGGCCGUGCAACAUUUCCAGGUUUAGACACGCUUAUUUAUUUGAAAAUUACGGCUCUACUGUUUCCAACUUCUGACUUCUGGCAUCCAGUUGUAACACCUGCUUUUAUAUACAUGAGUCAGUUACUUAGAAAGUGUCGCAUCACAACAUUACAAGAUGUUGUUAAAGGAUUAUUCAUAUGCUGUUUGUUCCUGGAAUAUGUAUCUCUCUCUAGAAGAUUUGUACCAGAACUCGUCAAUUUUCUUCUUGGAAUACUUCACAUAUCUGUACCCAAAAAGCAAGCCCAGGGUGAGUUUCUUUCAAGCUAUACUGUCGUGCAUCCAUUUACACCAGUGGGGAAGAAUUUAGAAUUGCUUUUGGUCUCUGAUAAGAAGGAUCUGGAAAGCUGGCAAAAGCAAAAUCUGCCAUUGAGUAUUGUGACUAGAUUAAAGGAAACCAGCAGAACGGAAAUGAAUCAUAUCAGGUUAUCAUGUCUAGCCCUGUGCUUUGAUCUUAUUAAGAAAUGUGCAGUUCUGUAUGAGUCUCUACCAUCAUUCCAUGAAAUAAUGCAUCCUGUGAGAAUACUCCUUACACAACAUGUGCCAGUGAGUGGAUAUCCUGAACAAAUGCAGGAAUGGUAUAACAGUGCUCUGAGAGAGCUAGAGAAUAAGGUAAAGCACUAUACCCCACUGGUAUGCGAGAAGAAGAAGCCAGUGCCGUUGAAACAAUAUACACCUAAAAUUGUGAAAGUUUUAGAGUUUGGAAAAAAGCAGGGAGGCAGCAAGAAGGAGCAAGAAAGAAAGCGGUUGAUUCACAAGCAUAAGCGUGAAUUUAAAGGAGCUAUUCGGGAGAUUCGGAAAGAUAACCAGUUUCUGGCUAGAAUGCAACUUUCAGAAAUCAUGGAGAGAGAUGCAGCCAGAAAGAGAAAAGUGAAAGAGCUUCUUAGUAGCCUUGCUACACAGGAAGGUGAAUGGAAAGCAAUGAAAAGGAAAAAGAGGAAAAGUUAACUGGGACUGUCUACAGAAGGAAACCUUGGUUUUGCUGCCACAUAAAAUAUCCCAAUCAUAUGGCUUUUGAGUAGACAUUAACUACAUUUUUUGGAUGUGUUUUUUGCAUCCUUUUGAGGAAAUAUCAUCAAAUCUGUCUAAAGAAGGUAACCUGAUUAUUAUAAAAAUCCAUGUUUUCAUAUGAAAAAUAAAAAAUAACAUUUUUGUUUGUGGUAUAUUCCAGUUAUUUUGGUAACAGAGAAUGUUUGGAUGAAUAAUCAGAAUUCUCAAGAAUGUGUGACCAGGUCUUAGUCCAUCUUGAAGUACACAGAAGAGACUGUACAGCAAAAAGCUUUUAGCAUCUUUUUAAUAUUUAAUAAUUGCAUGCAGCUCUCUUAAUCACAGUCUACUUGCAAAGUAGGCAGUAACAUUUUAAUUAGUUUGUAGCACUGGGACAGUAACAAGUAUUCAGUGGACUAAGGGAGCUGGUUUAUUAAAGCUGUAUAUCCAUUCAUCUCUUCAGUAAUUGUUGGAUUGAGCUCAGAUCUGAAAUUCUUAAUAAGAAACUAGGACAGUUAACUAAAAUUCCUCAAUUGAUUCAUAACUGUCUAAGUUGGCAAUGACAUCUUUAAUUCUUUUCCGCUUAUUUUAUCAUGUAUGUCUAAUUACUGAAAACUGCCAAGAAUGACUGUUGUAAAACAUUUUUUUAAGUAGAGCCAAUAAAUACUUUUAAUACUUUU